GAUUUCUAACAUUAAAUAAUUCGAAAGGUAGAAAGAAGUUGGCAAUGAGAAAAUUAAUAAAACAAUACCUAAUGCCCAGGUUUGAACUAGAGUUAAUACCAGCAUGGGGACUUUCUAAUUUUUCGGAAAUGCACGGGUUUGAUCAUGAG